CCUAGAUAACGGUAGAAUCGUGGGCUGGUGUCGUGCUGCUUCUCGUGAAAGUGCUGAAAACCGAGAGAAUCGUAGGAACCGUUCGGGAUAGAAGAAAUCUUUGUUCGGACAGAGGUUAUUUUCGUUGUGUGUAAACAGCCGCGUUGAGUCAGUGCGUAUUCGUUUCUUAGAGGCGAGCAAAGGAGGACCGUGCCCCGAGGAGCUUUGGUGCACCCGCGCCGCGCGAGACUUUCGACCAGUGCGGAAUAUCUCAGCCAGUGACACGUUCGGUUUCUUUUUUACUCUGUUUCGUGGCCUCGUCGUACCGGCACCAGUCCACGGAUCCUCCCUUUGCUUUCGAUGUGUUCGCUACGCCGACGGGACGACGAACCGAGCACAGGAGUAGUAGGAAGCGAGUAAUCGCCGGAGAAUCUCUGUAGAUUGGGAUAUAGUGGGCCGUGAACAAGGACGGAGAACGAGAGGGAAGGAGACAGUGAACGAAGGAGUGUGCGAGGAAGAAAGAAAGAAAGAAGGAAAGGGACGGAUAGAGUGCGACAGAGGGCCAUUAGAUUUGAGGGGUACGGGUACAACCAGUACACACCGAAGUGGAUUCAACGAAUAUUUUGAAGACGCAAAGAGAAGUGGCGUUGCGUGAAUUAACAAAAACACGAAAGGGUUGGAAGGUUCAGCUCGACUCGAACAAUUCCUCUAGCGGAUCAUCGGUUGCGUUUGUCUGGAUUUCUUCACGGUCCGUUGUAACUGAAAGCAAAGAGGAGCAAAACGUGGCGGAUUCGGUGACCCCUUGGCUGUGACCACAGGCGCACAGAGAAUUAGGGCAAGGAAAUGCGUGAAUAUAAAAUAGUAGUGUUGGGCAGUGGAGGUGUAGGCAAGUCCGCCCUCACUGUCCAGUUUGUGCAGGGUAUCUUCGUGGAGAAGUACGAUCCAACGAUCGAGGACAGCUACCGCAAACAGGUCGAGGUCGACGGUCAACAAUGUAUGUUAGAAAUCCUAGACACAGCCGGAACGGAACAAUUCACAGCCAUGAGGGACCUUUACAUGAAGAACGGACAAGGAUUCGUGUUAGUAUACUCGAUAACGGCGCAGUCAACGUUCAACGACCUGCAGGACCUCAGGGAACAGAUCCUGCGGGUAAAGGACACAGAUGACGUGCCGAUGGUCCUCGUGGGUAACAAGUGCGACCUGGAGGACGAAAGGGUAGUGGGCAAAGACCAGGGCGUCAACCUUGCCCGGCAAUUUAACUGCGCCUUCAUGGAGACCUCUGCCAAAGCCAAAAUUAAUGUUUACGAUAUCUUCUACGACCUGGUGCGACAAAUCAACAAAAAGUCGCCAGAGAAAAAGAUGAAGCAGAAAAAGAAAUCGCUGUGCCUACUUCUGUAAGUUAGAUCCAGCAGAAGCCCAUGCUCUCCUGCGUGAAGAAGAAAAAGAACAAAAAAAGAAGAAGAAUAUAUAAAUAUAUAUAAAAAAAAGCAACAAAUCCGGAUACAUCAGUGGAGGACAGGGGUUCAAAGCGAAAUACGAAGCAAACCUACUAGUGACAAGGAGGGGGCUGAGGGGGAAAAAUCACAAGUAAAACAGAGUGGCAAAACACAGUGGGCUGAAGUGCACAAGGUCGUAGAACACCGAGAAGGUAUGAAGAAGAAUAGGAAGGUGAGAAAGAAGACGACGACACAAAAUGAGAGAAAGAUUCAGGGACGUGUGAGAGAAGAGGGUUGAAGAGGGUUGAAGAGAGGAAACGAGAUGACAAGGGAAAGAGCAAUGGAGAGAAAAGGGGGAUAGAAACAGCGAGGAUAAAAAAAAAGAAAAAAACACUAAUAAUGUUGUACAUAGGUUGGUCCCGGGGUGGCUCGUGUGCACGCGCAAAUAUAGGCGCACAAAGAAAGAUAAAGAAGAUGAUGAAGAGGAGUUUUUAGUGUUAACGAGAGACCCCGUGGCUGUCAGUUAUCAUUGUAGUAGGAGUUUUGCAUUAAAGAGGAAACAGAAGAGGAGGUGGUAGAAACGAGAAAGAAGAUGAAGAAGAAAAAAAAAAA